UUUCUGUUCUUGGGGCAGUUAUCUAUCCACUGCGUAUACACAAUCAUCGUGCGAGUUGUCAGUAACAUUUGUUUCAGGAGCAGAGAUGUGGGGGGGUCAAUGAAAUUAAACGUUGUAACGAUUUCCUGUAUCUGCUGUUUUGCGUCCCCAAUUCGACCUUUGACAGAAAUGGUGUUCAGCGAUGUGUAACGUUUAAUGUAGGAUACUGCUCAACAAAGUAUUUAAUUACUGUGAAGGCUACGUAUAAAAAUAAAUGAUUGUAUUGUCCGUGAUCAGUCUUUUGCCAAAUUAUACGCUUUCAUAAAAUAAAUUGAUGCAUACAAGCUUAUAGAGUUAAUGAAGAAGCUACAGUGACAAAAUUAAAAAUAAAUGACUAUGCUUGUUCCGAGUAAAAUCCGCAUCUCAUUCCGUUGCUACUAACAGAACCUAUGAUCUUAAAAUUGUUGCGUUUGUUCAUUUCCUGCCUACAACUGUGGAGGUCAGAGGUGACGGGCUGGAGUAUUAUAAGGACAAUAUGAAAACCCCGCAACGAAGCUAAUGUGUUCCAGACAGCUGAACACCUAGUCAGAUUAGUAGCCGUCGUACUGAGAGUUUCAUGGUUUAUUUGUGGGAAGAAUACAGGGAUUACCCAAGAGUUAGAGGGGGCAAAUAUGAGGAAGGUGUGUCAUUUAAGAAUGGCAGCUGACCAGCUGUUGUGGUAUCAUCCGUUGUGAAAUAGGUGUUUCUCUUCCAAACACACCCGCCCGUUGCCUGAAUCAUGGGUUUGCCACUGCGCACACCAUAGAUUUGAUCUGAACAAAUGUCUGUUUAGUAUUGUAAAAAAAGAGAAACUAAACGGAGGUUCAGUUGGGUUAACAACAGCACAGUUCAACUGACCUAAACUGUCCUAAAUCAUAAUCAUUCCUGGUAUCAUUUGAUCAAUUACAAACAAAUAUGAAUACUAAACAAAAGUACCUAAUCUCCUCCCAAUCUGUCUUUUGCAUAUCUCCUUGAUUUUUGCAGUUACACCUUGGUCACUUCUGGCUCUGCAUGGAGGUCCCAGCUUCCUCCUGCUAUGACAGUGGUUUGUCUUUGCAUUGAAGAUGAAUGUGCUCCUGUUAAAAGAAUCCAAAGAAGCCGAUUCCAGUUCUGACCCUUAUGUAAAGGAGCUGGCAUCCUGUGGAAUUAAGGCUACUUUGAUACCUGUUUUGUCUUUUGAAUUUGUGUCACUGAACACUUUGUCAGAAAAGCUGUUUCACCCUGAGAAGUACGGCGGACUUGUCUUCACUAGCCCGAGGGCUGUGGAGGCUGUGAGAAAGUGCCUUGAGGACAAGGUUAGAAGAGAUGAGUGGAGCAAAGGGCUGAAGGAUAAAUGGAACAAUAACCACACCUAUGUUGUUGGGAAAGCCACUGCAGCCUUGGUUCAAGAAAUUGGCCUGGUUCCACUGGGAGAAGACAGUGGGAAUGCAGAUAAACUAUCUUGUUUCAUCUGCGAAAGAGAAGACUCCAGUUCAUUGCCCCUUCUCUUUCCUUGUGGGUCUAUUAAAAGAGAAGUUCUACCCACAGCACUGAAGAUGAAUGGUGUGCCUCUGGAAUGUUUGAUGGUCUACCAAACGGCACAGCACCCAGAUCUUGAAAAAAAUUUGGAAACCUACUUCUCAGAACAGGAUGUCCCAGCAAGCAUUGCAUUCUUCAGUCCUUCAGGAGUGAAAUUUUGCCUUAAGGCUCUGCAAAGACUAUCAGGAAACAGACUGGAACAGAUUAAGUUUGCAGCAAUUGGACCGUCCACAGGCGAUGCAAUGGCAGCCGCGGGGCUGUCUGUCAGCUGUACCGCAGGAAAGCCCACGCCCCAGGACUUGGCUGCAGGAAUAUCACAGACGCUUUGCUGACUCUGACCAGAUAAUCUGUCUCCUGGCUUUGCAGCUGUAAAGCUGUGAAGAACAUGUUGCUCCUCAGUGAGCUGAGUGUCCUCAUCCAGCACUAUCCCAGAGCAAUGAUGAUAUCUGUCAAGGGCUGCUUCACUGCCUGCAAGUUUCCAUGUAUCUCUUCUUAAUAAAAGCAACAGAGAUGUGUCACAUCCUGUUAAGCGCUUAAAGACUUACACUUGAGCUAUACCGAAUGUUUGAUUGGUAACUGUUAAACUG